AUGGUAGCUACUUCGUGGUUUUGUAAGAUGUCCCCGUGGGUUGAAAGUACUAUAGCGUUCCGGCUCAGACCAUGUACAAAGAUGACCUUGCAGGUGGAUUGGGUGGAUGUGGCUCAAAGUAAAGUGAACCUACGUAUUGUUCCUAGAAUCGAUUACACGAGGAUGAGAGGAGCUCUGCGAACUGAAGCAGAUCGUAACCAUAAGGUGACGGAAAUCGGAGGAGAAGUUACGAAUGACGGCGACUUUGUUAUCUUCGAGGGGAACAGUUACAGGCGUGGUUUCCUUUAUAAAUCCUUCCCGAUGAAUGCAAUAAUUGCUGAAGGUGUUAAGCCGACCCUAGCUGAACUGGAACGCUUCCAAGACACUAGCGAGGAUCUAAAGAAAGAGUUAGAAUCUACCACUGUGAAGGACAACUCGCACUUCUUCGCACCUGGCGAUAAUGUGGAAGUAACUGAGGGAGAGCUGGUAAACCUCCGUGGUAAAGUUGUUAGCGUUGAUGGACCCAAGGUCGUUAUGCUACCUGAUCACGAAGAUUUGAAGGAGCCGCUUACUUUGAAUAUAUCGGAACUGCGGAAAUAUUUUCGACCUGGUGAUCAUGUCAAGAUGAUUUCUGGUCGCUAUGAGGGAGAUACUGGUCUCAUUGUGCGAGUAGAGCAUAAUCUCGUAGUUGUGUUGAGCGAUCUCAGCAUGGAUGAGAUGAAAGCGCGACCUCGAGAUGUACAACUCUGUGCGGAUAUCACCACUGGAGUUGAUUCUUUGGGGCAGUUCCAGUUUCAUGAUCUUGUUCAGCUUGACCAACAAAAUGUUGGCGUCAUCGUGCGUCUUGAGAAAGAAACAAUGGAAGUUCUUAACCAACAUGGAAAGGUUCUUCGUGUGAAACCGCAGUCGAUUCAAGGGAAGAAAGACACUCGACAUUCGCAAGCUCUUGGAUAG